GGGAGGGCAUGCGCGCUGUGCCGCCUUUACGCGAUAGAUCUCCCCUGCGCCUGCGUGGCCCCGGUUUCGCCCCUCAGGCCGGCUAUGGCGGUGGCGAUGGCCGGAGCCUGGCGCCGCUUUCUCAACCCCGCUGGAUGGAAGCAGCUACCCCGGCUCCAGAAAUACACCAAUUCUACAAGUUCUGAUGCUAAAUAUCCAGGGAUUAUAGAGUCAACGGAGGAGUUUAAGUUUGUGGAGCGAUUGAUUCCACCUACCACAGUGCCCGCCCCUCCAAAACAUGAUCAUUACCCAACGCCAUCAGGAUGGUGCCCACCUCGAGAUCCACCUCCUGACUUACCCUACACCAUACGACGCUCCCGGAUGCACAACAUCCCUGUUUAUACAGACAUCACCCAUGGCAACAGGAAGAUGACUGUCAUUCGGAAAAUAGAAGGUGACAUUUGGAUGCUCGAGAAGGACCUGAAAGAAUUCCUCGUGCAAAUUACGGGCAAGACUCCCCUUAUACAUGUUAACGAGGUGACAAUGAGCCUCCGGGUCAAAGGUUAUUUCGACAAAGAACUGAAAUCAUGGCUGAUGGAGAAGGGCUUCUAAGUUUGUGACUGGAUUUAUGAGUUGCAUCGAAAAGGUGUGAUUCUGUUCACUUGAAGGAGCUUUUUUUAAAAAAAAGUUGUACUUAAAUCCACAAUGUGACCAGGUGUUCUGAUCAAAAUGCAGAGCAAUCCAUUAAAUUGAUUGUUCCAA